AUGCUUGCUCCGCACCCGACAUGGCAGGAUAUCGCAGCCGAGAAAAAGCAGACCAUCGACGACAAGAUCCCGCCAGAAUGGCGCGUCACCAAAGAGCAAUUGGAGAAUAAGAAAGUCGUCGAUCUUCCCAGAACAUGCGGGUUGAUGACAGACCGGGAGCUGUCCAUCACUGAACUCAGCGCGGUGGAAAUACUGGCUGCGAUACAGACGCAAAAGUUGACGGCGGUGGAAACCACAGCAGCUUUCUGCAAGAGGGCAGCAAUUGCGCAUCAAGCUACGAAUUGCCUUUCUGAAAUUCUAUUCAAAGAAGCCCUCCAGCAAGCAGCCAAACUAGAUGAAUACAUGCUCGUACACGGCAAGCCAAUGGGCAUCCUGCACGGCCUGCCGAUAUCCGUCAAGGAACAUAUUAAACUGAAAGAUACACCCGCGACUUCGGCUUUAAUUGCUUGGGCAAACGACGCCAGUGACGAGGACGCAUUGAUUGUGAAAACCUUCCGAGAACAAGGCGCCGUGUUUCACGUCAAAACCACAAAUCCGCAGACAUUAAUGGCUCUCGAAACUGUUUCGAAUUUGUUCGGGCGCACGACAAACCCACAUAACACAAACCUUACUUGCGGUGGAAGCACAGGCGGCGAAGGGGCUCUUCUGGCAAUGGGCGGAAGCCCCCUAGGCAUUGGGACUGAUAUCGGCGGCUCAAUUCGCGUACCCAGCGCGUUUUGUGGAGUUUAUGGCUUCAAGCCCACCAUUAGCAGACUGCCGCACAGCGGGCUUUCUGGCCUCAGCGAUGGCAUGCAAAAUCUCGUCGGGGUCGUAGGGCCGCUAGCUCGGUGUAUCGAAGAUUUAGAGCUGUUUUGCGUAGCUGGGUUGAAUCAGGAGCCAUGGAAGUACGAGCCUUCGCUCAUCGAAAUGCCUUGGCGACCGAAUACUACCACGCCGCAGAAAUUAAAAAUCGGAGUCAUCUGGUGCGAUGGAGUGGUACAACCUCAUCCUCCAAUUUUGCGCGCUUUAAAGCACUUAGUCUCCGCCCUGGAAGAUGAUGGUCAUAAUGUUAUCGACUGGGAUACAAGUUUGCACAAGGAAAUCUACGACAUCACCAACGAGAUUUAUUUCCUCGACGGUGGUGCGGAAUAUCACCAGCGACUAGAGGAGGGUAAAGAGCCAGCUGUGUCAAUCGUGAAGUGGCUCUUGGACGAAAAGGCCGUGAGAAGCUACACUGUCGAGGAUACUUGGAAUGUAAAUUCCAGGCUUGAUAGACUUCGCACGUUAUACGCCCAUCAAUGGAAUACUUAUGAUAUUGACGCCAUUAUUUGCCCAGCAAAUGCAUCCGUUGCAUCCGCUCACGAUGAAUCUCGGUAUUGGGGAUAUACCUGUGUAUUCAAUGCGCUGGACUUUCCAGCUGCGAUUAUUCCUGUUGGCACAGUCGAGAAGACAGACACUUGGUCUCAGUUUCCUCCCAUGUCUGCUUCGUCUCUGAAUCCUAAAGAUGAGUGGUACAGGAGUCUGUACGAUGAUGGAAAAGGUCCACUGCGCUAUGAGGGAGCGCCUGUCUCGAUCCAGAUCACUGGUAGAAGAUUUCAUGACGAGGAAGUGUUACGCAUAACAAGUCGCAUUCAGAACCUAUUGCUGAAAAAAGCAGCUAUCGGUCUCGUAGACCAGCCUAUAAAGUCAAGACAGACUUAG